AUGUCUUUGACCAUCAAGACGAACCUUGGAGUAUUGAAGGUGGAGUUAUUCUGUUCGCAAGUGCCGAAGGCGUGCAAGAACUUCUUGGCUCUCGCUGCGUCAGGUUAUUACAACGGCACCAACUUCCACCGCAACAUCAAGGGCUUCAUGCUGCAGGGAGGUGAUCCUACAGGUACUGGCAAAGGACCCGCUUCUCCGUGUGAGAAGUGCGCUCGAUGGUGCAGGGACGAAGGUGACGAUAUGAUGAUUGGGCGUUCUAUGCUCUCUGCGCCUGCAGCACCCAUUGUACCCUGGGGCCUCCGCAGAGCAGCCGGCCGCUGCUGA